AUGUGUAGUUGUGACUGUGGAUUUGCCCUGGACCCAUCUGACAAUAUAGCUGCUUUGAGCGCUGAUUCAGUGGGUCAGGAUGAUGAAGGAGUUAAUACUAGAAAUACUUACAAAACCACCGCUGUACCAGCGUCUCCCUUGGAGCGUGGCCCCGGCAAGACAAACAAUAGGGUGCUUGAUUCUGGUAAAAAUAAAGUAGAAAAAUAUGUUGCUUCUUCUUCUUCUUUGGAGCCACCCUUUCCCGAAAUCCCAAGGUGUGUGUUGAUGCGCACAUAUUUAUUCCAAAAAGAGAUCUGUUCAGAUGUUGGUGUGGAAAACCUUGCCCGGGGCAUAGUACACCCAACCAGCGCACUGCUUGAUUCAGGUGCUAACAGAAUCUUCAUAGCUCUUGGGUGA